AUGAUUUUGCAGUCGAAUUCAAAUACUACACCCCCUUGCUGUGAUUUUUCACAGAAAAAGCCGUUGUUGGCUUUUUCUUCCACAUCUCUCCGUCCCCCAUGCAGCUUCUACUCCUGUAGUGAUAAUAAUAGCUGCUAUCAUGACCAUUAUCGACGCAGAAACAUCAUAACCCCGAAAAAAAGGAUAAUAAAAAAUGUGAGAUGGGCAAUCCUCCAGGUUCAAGCUUGCAUCAGUGGUGGGAAUACCCAAUCCCACUUCAAAAUAGAUCCCAAUAACUUGGCUACCAGACGUGGAGCUAAAAACAUAGUCUUGAAGCGAUUUUCCGGAGAUGAAUUCGAUUACAAUUCAUCCAAUGAAGCUACAGGGGUUGUUUUCGACAAGCUAUGGACCUCCCGGAAGAGGAACACGAAUAUUACCAGUAAGCCUGGGAGUUGGCCACAGGUGCCUGCCAACCUAUCCAUGUUUCUUGAGAAGGAUUUGCAGAGGAAAGAGUCUGUGGAGUGGGUGAACAUGGUGCUGGGGAAGCUAUGGAAAGUCUACAGGGCUGGAAUUGAGAACUGGAUCAUUGGCUCGUUGCAGCCAGUCAUUGACGAUCUCAAGAAGCCAGAUUAUGUGCAGAGGGUGGAGAUUAAGCAGUUUUCUUUGGGGGAUGAGCCCUUGUCCGUCAGGAGCGUUGAACGUCGAACUUCUCGGAGGAUCAAUGAUUUACAAUACCAGAUAGGCCUCCGCUACACUGGUGGUGCACGAAUGCUUUUAAUGCUGUCACUCAAAUUCAGCAUUCUCCCCAUCGUUGUGCCAGUGGGUGUGCGAGAUUUUGACAUUGAUGGAGAACUGUGGGUCAAAUUGCGAUUAAUUCCAUCAGAACCAUGGGUGGGAGCUCUUUCCUGGGCAUUUGUUUCUCUUCCAAAGACAACAUUCCAAUUGUCACCAUUUCGCUUAUUCAAUCUAAUGGCAAUUCCUGUCCUCUCAAAGUUUUUGACAAAACUUCUCACUGAAGAUUUACCUCGGUUAUUCGUGCGCCCAAAUAAGAUUGUGCUAGAUUUUCAGAAGGGAAAAUCUGUUGGACCUAUUCCAGUUGAUUUGAGAUCUGGAGAAAUUCAAGAGGGAAAUAAUGACUUUGCCGGAGAAUUGUCAGUGACUCUUCUGGAUGCAAGGAAACUCACUUAUAUUUUUUAUGGCAAAACAGAUCCAUAUGUUGUUCUGAGAUUGGGAGAUCAAGUAAUACGUAGUAAAAGAAACAGCCAAACUACUGUCAUUGGGCCUCCUGGUGAGCCAAUCUGGAAUCAGGAUUUUCACAUGUUAGUUGCUAACCCUAGGAAAGAGAAAUUAUAUAUUGAAGUAAAGGAUUCUCUUGGAUUUGCGGAUUUGACUGUCGGUACCAGCGAGGUUGAUCUUGGAUCUCUGAAAGAUACUGUUCCAACAGACAGGAUUGUGGUACUACGAGGAGGAUGGACCCUGUUUGGAAAAGGAACUGCUGGAGAAAUCCUACUACGGUUGACAUAUAAAGCAUAUGUGGAGGAUGAAGAAGAUGAAAGAACAGAAAAACGAUCUACGGAUACAGAUGUUUCAGAUGAUGAGUUCUCUGAUGUUUCGGAUGCUUCAACAUCUGAGCAGAGUGGGAAGGAUAACUCGAUUGGAACAGAUGCAGAAUCUUUUAUGGAUGUUCUAGCAGCUUUAAUUGUAAGUGAGGAAUUCCGAGGGAUAGUGACAUCAGAAACAGCGAAUACCAAGUCUCAGGAUGCAGGUGCUAAUACUGAGACAGCACCGAAAUUGUCUGCUGGAUCCAGCCAGGAAGUUUCGGAAAGUGAUUCUGGUAGUUCUAGAGGAUCGGCCUUAUUUUGGCUUGCCGUGAUUACAAGUCGUGUGAAAUUGCUGAGAGGAUACGCAAGAUUGCAGCUUUAUUAUCUUGAAGAGUGGCACAUAACGUGGAGUUGA